CCUACGUUAGUAUAUAAAUAGAUGAACAUCCAUCCACAAAUCAUCCAACAAAAAUCAAGAACAUGAGAACAAAGAUUUGGUAUACCAGAUGAAAACAAGAGCAAAGACUAAGUGAAACAAUCUGUUGGACUUAUCAUUCCCCACACAUUGUUGUCAUAAGAUUAAAACAAACAUGGCAGAUGAAGUGAAGAUUUACAGGAAUUGGUCAAGUCCAUAUGGCUUGAGGAUUGUUUGGGCGCUGGAUAUCAAAGGGAUCGAAUACGAAAACAUCUUUGAAGAUUUAAGUCAGAAGAGCCCUCAACUCCUCCAGUAUAAUCCUGUUCACAAAAAGAUUCCUGUACUUGUACACAAAGGCAAACCAAUCUGUGAAUCACUGGUGAUUCUCGAGUAUAUCGAUGAGACAUGGAAGGAAACAACUCCUUUGCUACCUAAGGAUCCUUAUGAGAAAGCCAUGGCACGAUUUUGGGCAAAAUUUGUCGACGACAAGCUUCUGCCAUCAGUAUGGAGUGUUUUCACAGAAAAAGGAUAUGAGGCGAAAAAGGAAGCUCUUGUUCCAGCAAUGCAAAACCUAGAAUUCAUUGAAGAGCAAUUGAAAGGGAAGAAAUUUUUUGGUGGAGAAAAUAUCGGAUAUGUGGAUCUCGCACUUGGUUGGAUCGCGUAUCUUCUUGAUGUAUUUGAGGAGGUACUCAAUCUGAAGUUGUUUGAUGCAGACAAAUUCCCGCUCUUAUCAGGAUGGAUGAAAAACUUUUGUGAUGCUCCGGCAAUCAAACAACACUUGCCACCCCGAGACAAACUAGUAACCAAAUUCCAACUGUUUCAUGAAAAAUUUCAAACAGCAAAUUAAAUGGUGAAAUUGUUGUAGUAUAAGUACUAUAGGUUAUUGAGUUGAUUGUGGAACUGUUCGUAUGAUCAAUUACUUUUAAAUAUGCUUUUUGGACCAUGUAUCAGGAAUAUAUAAUAGAAGCUUUUACAUGGCUAUAUAUCUCUAAUUUUUAUUAAUAACUGAAGAAAGUGUAGUGUUUCUAAAGAAGA